UUUGCCCUAAGCUUUCCACACUUCCGCCCUUCCAAGGAGACACGAGAUUCCACCAUGGUCUGGAAAGAGAUUUCUGUGCACGGGUACGCCGAGUUCGUUCGGGUCGCCAGCGAGCAGCACCAGCGCGGCCAAGUGUUUGUCUAUUUUAGCGGUGACAAAGAUCCAGCCAGCGGCGUUAGUUGGUGCCCAGAUUGUAUUAAGGCUGAACCCAUUGUACGGGCUGAGCUCCCAAACCUGCCAGAGGGAUCUGUAUUCAUUUACUGCCAAGUAGGACCCAGAGAUUACUGGAAAAAUCCCAAUAACGAAUUCAAGAAGAAUCUUAAGUUAACUGGUGUACCUACACUUCUUAAAUAUGGAACUCCUCAGAAGCUGGUGGAAGAAGAUUGUUUUAAAUCCAAUCUUGUGCAAAUGCUGUUUACAGAGGACUAAGCUAUUACCAGCAGAGGAAGUACUUUGAAAUGAAACCAUUAUCAUGUCAAACUGCGAGUGAAUUAAGUUUGUAAUCUCUUGGCCAACUGAUUUAAAUAAAGUCACUGUAGAACUGGA